ACAUUAUUUUGUAAUUAUAUAUAACUAGUAUCAGUAACUAAUCGAAAAUUAACUCCAAAUUUAUUAUAUAUAUUUAGAUAGAAUCUACUGUAAAUUUCGACUUUUAAUAGACCGCUACAAUCGAUAUUGAUUCGACAUCGAUUCGACUUUGAUUUUACUUUUCAUUUCUGCCUGGGAUAUCAUAUCCAUUAAAUGUCAUUUUGCGACGGCAAAAAUAGAACUAUACAAUUGAAAACAAAAUUACUUAUUAUUUAAUAUCCAGUUAUCUAGGAUUUAUAUAUUAAAAUUGGUGAAUUAAUGGAUUUAUCUUUCGAUUAGUUUUAUACGGAUGAACACUGGAUAUACAAAAUCCUUCAUAAAAUAUUUAUACAAAGAAUCAAUUUUUAUUAUGCGGGAGAUGAUUAGUAGUAGUAGAUGGUUAUCUUCCACACACUAUAUUUCUAUUUUCUCCUACAUGGAACGGCAUAAACUAAGCGCUUGGAUUUGCGAAAUACAACAUAUGACAACAUCAUGAAUUAGAAUGAGGAAACUUAUCAAUAUUUGGUUAUAUACAAGGUUGGUAUCUUGCUAACGUGCUUAGCCAAUAAUAAUAAGAAGUAGGAGAUUUAUUUGUGUAAAGUAUUCGUGGUUUACUUUCCUAAAGAUGUCCAGAAGCACAAUGGAACAGGAAUUAGAGUUCACUGACUCAGGUAAAGUAAAAAUAUAUAGCAUUCUAAGUAGAUUAUGUAAUGAUCACAUCGUUUUAAUCAUAUUGAUUUGUUUAGCAUCCGUCACAAAAGCAGAAUCGAUUGAGAAUACGGAAAAUAUGACUAUGAAUCUUACCGAUAAACUUGUUACAAAUUUGAUAACAGUAUACGAUAUUUAUAAUAACUACAAUGGAAGCGAAUAUACAUCACGUCAAAUUGAGAUGCUUAGACAGUUAAAAGAAGAUUUAUACCGCCAUUUUUAUGAAAUAACUAAUUUGAAAGAUCCUAAGUUCGACGAUAUUAUAAUUCUUGCAACGUCUUUUACCUAUAUGGUUUAUAUAAACAGACCAUGGAAGAGGUUGUUAGAAUAUGCUCUUAUAAACGAAUCGUAUAUCACACAAAGUAUGAUAUUGAUAAAGGACAAAGAACUGGAUUGCAAAGCUAUUCUUAUAGCCAUGGCUAAUUGUCUAGAAUUUAGUUAUAUUUAUUUAACCUUGAAUAAACCUAAGAUAUAUUUACAAUAUGCAUAUAAAAUUUUUGAUAUAUAUUUCGCAUAUACGAAAGGCGAAGAUGAGUUUCCUGCUCCUAUCGAUGUUUUAGUUUCUCUGGGUAUUGGAAAUGAAUCAAAUACGAUAAUGGAAUUGCACACAUUGUAUUUGAUUAAUUUACGUCAGUUAUUCGACUUGAGGGACAAUUACAAAUAUAGACAGAUAGAUUUUGAAAAAAUAGCAUUGUAUAAGCAUAAGUUAUUGAAGAAUCUAAUGAAAACGGUACCGUUAUAUAUAGACCACGUUACAUGGGCCUACGAAGUAAUACAUUUAGCCGAAUACUUUAUGUCAUGCGAUCACUUUAAUGAAUUUAAAAAUCAUCUUUGUGCUGCGUCUGUUAUGAUGAUAAGAUUUCACGAUGAAGUAUUUAUGAAAGAUAAUGCAGAAAUAUCCACAAAAAACAAGAAUCUUCAAUAUGACUGUUUUAAAAGCAUUUGCUCUGUUAUUGAAAUGAUUUGGGUGAGAUAUGGACUUGUUAUUCUAUAUUUAUCGAGAAAACGAUUGCAACAAAAGGGAGAAAAAAAUAAUCUUUGUGAAGAAGAUGGAUCUAAAUUAGAAUCCAUAACGCAAUCUAACAAUAAUUCCACAGAAUUACUAAUACUUAUGGAUACAGAAGAAGCAUUUAAAAUGUUUACUUAUAUAGAUUCAGAUAAUUAUAUUACAAAUUACAACGAUGCUAAAAUACUUUUUAUUCGUAUUCUCGAGUUGCUUAAUGAUAUCAAAAGGGAUACAUUUGCUUCGGGAUCUGUAGAAUUUCGUGCAGAAAUUGCACAAUAUACUUCAAGAGCAUACAAAUAUUUUGCGUCUUUUGAACAGGAUUCAAUCAAGCACAUAAAACUACAAAAACGGAGAAUAGAUGUGUUACAAGAUUUUUUAAAAUCAUUAUAUGCAAGUGGUAUAACAGACGAUUACAUUUUUAUAUGGUUUGAAUUGGCAGUUGUUUAUUCUACUGUGGUAGAUAUAAAGAUCAGAAAGUUAUUGGUAGAUAAUCUAACUGAGGAAGAAUUAACCGAAAUUAAUCCAUUAGUUAAAGAUAGUGCAUAUUACCUGUGGUUAUAUUUAAGUAAAUUUGAACAGAAAAAUGUACAGGCUAAGGAAUAUAGUUAUCAAAUCAUGCCUCAUUUUAGUCUAAAGCAUGAAAAAGGCACAAAAUAUGUAAGUUUCAUUAAUAAAUAUUUAAGUCAAAAAUAUGUAUAAAAAUGUAAUGUAUCACAGAUUAUCUUGUAUAGUGUAAAAUAAAAAAAAUACAAAAACAUAGGAUUUUGAAAAAUCUAUGAAUCUAUGAAUCUUUUCAAAAUAUAGUUUAUGCAAAAAGAUUAUUUUAUAUCGUGCGCGUACAAUUAGUAUCAGUAAAAACAGAACAUCAAUUAUAUUACAUCUAUGUUAUAAUUUUUCGUUAAACCAUGUAAAUACAAGAGAACACAUGUGUUAUAUUACAAAUUUACCUGGAUUAGUACAAUUUAGCUGUAA